AUGCGUUUCUCAACUAUCGUCGCCCUUGCAGGUGCUGUCUCAUCAGUUCAAGCCAUUGGUCAAUUGGCUUUCAACUUAGGUGUUAAAGAUAAUCAAGGUAACUGUAAAUCAGCUGAAGAAUAUAAACAUGAUUUCAGUAUCUUAAGUUCAUACACUAAAAAAGUUAGAGUUUACGCUGCUUCAGAUUGUAACACUUUAGAAAUUUUAGGUCCUGCUGCUGAAGAAGCUGGUUUCACUGUUUUCUUUGGUAUCUGGCCAAAUGAUGAUGCUCAUUUCCAAGCUGAACAAGAUGCUUUAAAAACUUAUUUACCAAACAUUAAAAAAUCAACCGUUGAAGCUAUUACCGUUGGUUCAGAAGCUUUAUACCGUGCUGAUUUAACUGCUCAAGAAUUAUCAGACAAAAUUGAUACCAUCCGUGAUUUAUUAAAAGAUGUUAAAGAUUCAGAUGGUGAAUCUUAUGAAGGUACUCAAGUUGGUUUCGUUGAUUCAUGGAAUGUUUUAGUUGAUGGUGGUUCAAGACCAGCCAUUCAAUCUGCUGAUUUCGUUUUUGCCAACGCUUUCUCAUACUGGCAAGGACAAACCCAAAACAAUGCUUCAUACUCAUUCUUUGAUGAUAUCAUGCAAGCAUUACAAACCAUCCAAGGUAUUAAAGGUGAAACUGAUAUCAACUUCUGGGUUGGUGAAACUGGAUGGCCAUCAGAAGGUACUGCCUUUGAAUCUUCAGAACCAUCAGUUGACAAUGCUCAUGCUUUCUGGAAUGAUGCUAUCUGUGCUAUUAGAGGUUGGGGUAUUAACGUUAUUGCCUUUGAAGCUUUCGAUGAAGCUUGGAAACCAGAUACCUCUGGUACUUCAGAUGUCGAAAAAUACUGGGGUGUUUGGGACGCUGACAACAAGUUGAAAUAUCAAUUAUCUUGUGAUUUCUCAUCAUAG